GUAUGUUGGGGGGGAGGAGGAGGUGGUGGCGGUGCAGGAGAGGCUGGAGGAGGAGGAGGUGGCGGUGCAGGAGAGGCUGGAGGAGAAGGAGGUGGUCGCGUCAGGCGGAGAGGGUCGUGACAGAGGAAGGAGUAGGUCGCGUCAGGCAAAGGAGGAGAUCGUGAAACGGGGAGAUGGAGGUCGUGGGAGGGGGGGGAGAGGACGUCGGGAGGAGGAGGUCGUGGGAGGGGGGUAAGAAGACGUCGCGCGAGGGGGAGGAAUCAACCAAUCAAUCAAUCAAAGACCAUGGU